AAUUUCUAUAAACAACCAUCAUGACGACCGAUGACAUAUCGACUCAUGACAUUGUACAAAUUCUUGAAAAGAAUGUGAACAUUCUCAAGUCAGAAGGUCACGGUCCAGACGUAACUCUUGAAUUUCAUGACAAAUUCGAAUUGUUUCGUAAACUGUUGUGCAAUCUGACAGAUAAACUCCAGUCGUUAUUAUAUUUAUCUGAGAACUACACCUCCACGAGCGAUUUUAAGCAAUUUAUAAACAGGAUUGUUGGUUCAUGGAACUCUAUUAAUAAGCAGGUCUGUGAAAAAUGUUCCAAGAUACAAGUGGGUAGUCGUACGCUAUCGGGAAUACCAUUAGCAUUGCUCCUUGAAAAGAUAAAAAGAGAGAAAUCUUUAACAAGGGAAUUGUUGCACAUCCAUGAAACCAAAUACAGUCGUGAAUAUCUCGCGAAGUGUUAUGUUUUGUUAAAUGAAACUGAAGAUUUAUUAUGUAAUCUCGAAAAAUCUGAUGAUAAGUUACGACAAUAUAUAGCUAUAUUGAAGUUGAAUCCAUUCCUUGUUAAAUUAGAAUCUGAUGUAGACACAUAUGUCUCAAAUAUUAACAUAUCACCAAUCGAUAAAUCUAAAUGUCCAAAACUGGAUGUUUUUCCAAUUGUCGCAAAACUUCUCACCGGUGAGUUACUUGACGAUGAACCUAUAGAUCCGUGUUGCGUUUUAGCAGAUAAUGUACCUAGGAAACCAGUUUUCAUUAUUAAAAUAAAACACAAAAUGGAUCCAACAAUGAUACUCGAGGAAACAAUAUAA